AUGGGUUUAACAAAACAAUAUUUGGCCUAUCGGGCCAUCGAUAGUUUUAAUAUCGUGGCCAGUGGUCGUUCCAAUGUGAAUUUUGUAAUUUACAAUAAAAUCGAGGGCAGGUAUGUGGUCUCUGCGGCAGCAGAAAAUGUGAUUCUGUGGGAUUUAAGGUUGGGUGAACGGGUACUUACACUAAGACGUGAUAAACAAGAAGUAACUGCUUUGCGAGUCUCACCCGAUCGCCUUCACGUUGCUGUGGGCUAUAAUGAUGGUGUUGUGGAAAUAUUCGAUUUGACAAAUCCCCACAAUUCGGUGUGCUCGUUGGCCUUGCAUAAAAGUGCCAUAUCCAUUUUGCGUUACGACGAGCAGGGUAUACGUUUGGUGUGCGGUAGUUUAGAUUGUGAAAUGACCGUUGUCGAUGUUGUGGAACAGGCUGGUCGUCAACGUUUAAUUGGCCAUAAUGCUCCCGUCACUGAUGCCCAUUUUAUGGAACGUUUCAAUGAGCAGAGUAUCGUGGUGAGCUGUUCCAAGGAUACACAAAUUAAAUUUUGGAAUUUGGAAACACAAUUUUGUUUUAAAACCAUUGUGGACAAUCGCACCGAGGUGUGGGCAUUGGCUUUUGUCAAAGACUUGAUGGUGGCUGGCAGUGGGGAAUCGACGCUGAAUGUUUAUCGCAUUAAGCCUAGAGAUACGACACAAGUGGAUCAACCAAUUGAGGCUGCUGUGGAGGGUCUGUCCAUAGAUGAUGACGAUACAAUUAGUCCCAUAUCGGUGGCCAAUUGUGGUGUCAUACAAAGAGCCGGUAAAGGUAGAUGUGUCAAUCUGGUGGCUGAUGCUUCGGAAAGGGUAAUCUCAUGUCAUGGUACAAAUGAUUUAAUUGAAAACUUUUACAUUUGCACCGAAGACGAGGCCAAGAAAAGAUUGGUCAAACGUUUGAAAAAAGCCAAGAAAUCUUCCGAUGAAACAGAAAACGAUGCCGAUUUAAGCAAAGAUCUUAGCUUAUCGGAUGAGAUAAAACGUUUGGAAAGCAUCAAGGUUAAACAGAAGAUAAAAUCCAUUGAUAUUUUGCUUGGUGCCAAAGAUGAACUGAGAGUUCUGGUCAGUUUGGCCAACAACACCCUACAUUUGUACAGCCAAGAGGCGAGUUUUAAGAAACAAGCCUCAGCCAAGGAGGAGACUGUAAAACUACUGAGAUCCAUCAACCGUCAAGGCCAUCAUUCUGAGGUACGUAGCGUUUGCUUCAGUUCCGAUUCUUUGGCCAUUGGUUCAGGAUCGGCGGAAUCGUUUAAAUUUUGGAAUCGUGAUUCAAUGCAAUGUUUGCGCACCGUACCGGCUGAUUAUGUUUUGUGUUCUACCUUUGUGCCGGGUGAUAGAUAUAUGUUGUUGGGUUUGAAAUCGGGUAAACUUUUAAUCGUUGAUGUCGGCUCGGCAGAUGUUGUUGAAGAGAUUCCAGCCCAUGACAGUGAAUUGUGGUCCAUUGCCUUGUUGCCCGAUCAAAAAGGUUGUGUUACCGGCAGCAGUGAUUCGACGGUGAAGAUUUGGACAUUCGAACUGAUUGAUAAUCCUGAAGAUGCCAAGGCUAUGGAAGAAGAUGAUGGGGAGGAAAAUUUACAAAGAUUGAAACACGGCAAGGUCUUAUCGCUGUUACACAAAAACACCUUGAAGUUGGAAGAGACAGUGUUAUGUGUCCGAGUCAGUCCUGAUAUGAAAUAUUUGGCUGUGGGCCUUCUCGAUUCAACGGUGAAAAUAUUCUUUUUGGAUACCUUCAAAUUCUAUUUAUCGCUAUAUGGCCACAAAUUACCGGUACUGUGUAUGGAUAUUUCCUAUGAUUCCUCCUUGAUUGCCACCGGCUCCUCAGAUCGUAAUGUCAAGAUAUGGGGUCUGGAUUUCGGUGAUUGCCAUCGGUCACUCUUUGCUCAUGAUGAUUCCGUUAUGGGUCUACAAUUUAUACCCAAUACCCAUAUGUUCUUCACAUGUGGCAAGGAUGGCAAAAUCAAACAAUGGGAUGCUGACACCUUUGAUAAAAUCAUCACCCUGCCAGGACACAUUGGAGAGGCCUAUAGUUUGGCUGUAAGUCCUAAUGGUCGGUUUUUGGUCUCAUGUGGCUCGGAUCGCUGCCUGCGUUUAUUUGAACGUACCAAUGAACCCAUUGUUUUACAAGAUAUUCAAGAAGAGGAACGCGAAGAAAUGGAAAAUCAACAAUUGGCCACUGGAGAAGAUCACGCGGUACCCCUGCUACCCGGUUUAAAGUUGGCAUCUCGUAAAACGGUGGGUUCUGAAAAGGCUGCCGAAUCUAUUUUAGAAUGUCUGGAAAUUUGUCAAAAAUAUGAAGCCGAAGAAGAUGAGAAACCCGAGCUACAUCCCUUAAUGCGUGCCUUAAAUGUUACAAAUCCCCAAGAUUUCAUAUUAGUCACACUGGCCAGAAUCAGGGCAUCCGAUUUAGAGGAAGCUCUACUGCUGUUACCGUUCUCAAAUGUGUGCGAACUGUUGGAAAAAUUACCUGCCGUAUUGGAAAAACGUUCCGAUGAAAUUGAACUGCUGACGAAGGUGGUGUUGUUCCUCUUCAAGGUCCACAUGAAACCCAUAACCGGGGCGAAGCAUAUGAAACCUCUACUGGAGCAGCUAAUCAGGGCUCUGAAAAAAGAUGUUAGCUCCCUGAGAGAUGUUAUUGGCUUAAAUCUACACAGUUUGGCAUUGAUCCAACACGACAUUGAGGAGCGUGAAGGUGUUGAGCUAUUCCGUGAGGCGACACAGGAACGUAAAAAACGUGACAAGAAGCGACGUGAGGGAAUUAAGCGACAACUCAUACACAUGGCCUAG